AUGGAUAGAAUAGCUAGGAUAUUCACCGGAAGUUUUAAAUUGGCAACAAGUGAUUUGGCUAAUCAGGUAACCUUUUCCAUCAUUUUCCCAACAAGAAUCAAUAUUUAUAGUUUGCUCUGCCUGUCAAAUCAAUGACUGGAAGUCUUGUGAGUCGAUACACUGCGAAAACAUCGAGAAAAUUGAAUGAAUUAUUGAUUGAGACGCAUAUGAAUGUUGGAAAAGGUGAGUGGAAUUUUGAGCCAAAAUUGGAAACUCGAAAUAAAUUUUUUUAAAACAUUGUAAAAUUCGUAUAGUUCAAUUCUAGGAACAAUUCAAUUUUUCGAGAACAAAGGAAAAGUUUCAUGAUUUUUCCCUAAUAUUUUUCAUUCAAAAAGUUACUGUUUCAAAAUUUAAAAAAACAACUGAACUUUAUUAAAUUUAAAAAAUGCGAACUUCUACUUCAAAGAUCUGUGAAAUUUGCAAUUUUCAGAUCUAAAAAAAUCUAAUUUGUUCAGUGAUUUACAAAGAAAACAAUUUAGAGAAAAACGGAGAAAUAUUAUCAUUUUUUGAAACAGUGAAAAUUUUUCCCCUAAAAAUUACUGUUUCAAAAUUUUUCUAUCAAAAAAUUCAUAAUUUUCAAACGCUGAAUAUACUUUUGAACGCCGAUGUUCAAAUAAUAAAAACUCAAAACCAUUUAAUUUUCAAAAUGCAAAAUUCGAGGCAAGUUUUUAAAAAUUUUGUUGAAAAAAAAAACAAAAAAACUGAAAAAUUACUGUUUCAACAUAUUUCUAUCAUGAAAAUUCCUAACUCCAAAUUGUUUUAUUCAAAAUAUAAUCUCUCCCCAUCCAUAAAGUAUCUUUCCCUCGAAAAAUACGUUUUAAAAUAUUCCUAUCAACCAAAUUCUUAAUCUCAACACCAUUUGAAUUGUUUUCAGAUGAUUAUAUUUUCGAAAUUGGAUAUGGUCGAGGCGAUGCAAUCAAAAUGUGUUUCGAAAAAGUUUCGCCAGGAAAAGGAAUGAUUUUCGGUGUCGAAAGAUCUGGUUAUCUUGAUGAAUUUGCUCGAAAACGAUUCGAUUUAGAAAUUGCCGAAACAUCAAAAAUUCGAAUCGAUUCAGCAAUUGAUCUUCGAAAUCUUCCAUAUCCAACUGAUAUAUUUGAUCAUGUUUUCCACGUGGAUUUAUUCUAUUUUCUUCGACAAGAUCAUUUGAUUGAUAUUAAUCGAGAAAUAUUGCGAGUUUUGAAACCAGGAGCUGAAAUUGUGAGUGCAAUGCAAUUUUCGAAAUUGAAAAAAUUGACGGAAAAUGGGAUUUUGGAUCGAACACAAUGGGAUCCAAUGAGAUAUUUAACGAGUUUGGAAGCGGCUGAAUUUGAAAAUGUUGGGUUAAGUUAUCAUGAAGAUGAAGAAAUUGGAGAAUAUCAAAUUAUUAGAGGAAGGAGGGCCGAGAAAUUAGAGGUGGGGAAGUUUUCGAGAAUUUCGGCUAAUUUCCAGAAUUUUGAGACCAAACAUUAUAAUGUAUAGAUUUUGAGCAUUUUCAGAGCUCGCGGAGCUGGAAAUUUUAAUUUUUAGUUCUUGAAACCUGCUAAUUUUUCAGAGUGAUUUGGAUCCGGAAGAAAUGUUCAAAAAAUUGGCUUUGGAUAUGAAACAGGAAAGAUUGGCAAUUGCAAUGUUGAAUAAUAAAAAAGAUACAACGGGUGAUCUAGAAUAA